AUGGAUGCUAUUGAAGACUACUACUUACCACUGGGAGCGUCUUUCUCCCCCUUAGACAAGGAGGUUCCGGGGGUUCCUGAGGGUUUCUCAAAGCAAGACAAUCAUUUUCCCCCCCAUGCUUUGUUGAUCAAUCAUCUGCCGAUACAAACAAACCGAAUGGGUCAGAUGCCACAAGGUCGUUAUCUAGCAGGUUAUCUCGAGACCUCCAUUAGUGGAAUUCUCAGAUCGCGGACCCCACCGGGCACCAAAAUCAAUAGUACUAGCCUCGUCGCAAUCAAGGCCACUUCAUCGUGGAUAGUCGCAUCUGCAAGGUCUUCGAACCUUCAGCCCUUCCAAGGGGAAAUGAUCAACUUCGGGAUUAGCUUUCAGAUGCAAGCCACAAUUCCAAUUUGGGUUGACCCGUUCGACUUCUAUUUCCACGGUCUCAUAUUUAAGCAGUUAUUUGGUUGUCGGGCGCCUGUGGAUGGUGAUUUGUCCCGCAUCCUCCGUCCUGUGCAAGGGAUUUCUCCUAGAAGAGCGCGCAACACCGGGUGUGGUAUGCCGGACUAUCAGACGCAGGGUGUUUCAUCCACGGGACCAUCUGGGCAUGAGUUCGGGAAUGACCUUGGUCACUUCCACUACAAAUCUCGUCCAGAAGAGAAGGAUCCGAUAAAUGACCGGGGCGUUCUCACCGUUCGGAAGACGGGAGAGGCAUUUGCGUUAGUUCCAGUGCCUUGGACUUGGCUUCGGGGAGGAUCAUCAGUGGCUGAGAGUUCUAGAAAGAGGGUUCUUUGUGUGAAACUCGGUACUCAGUAG